CUGUUUCCCUAGAUAAAUGUUCCAAGUUCUCCGUUAUGUUGUACUUAUUCUAAUACUAAUUAAUUUAUUUAAAAUGUCAUAAUUUAUUUCUUAGCAAAGGAAGUAAAAAUAUGUAUAUUAGCAAUCUGUCAGGACCUGGGAGCCUCUUCUUCCGCUGGGGCCUGGUCUCCGCAGUUCUGUUGCCGUCAUGUCGGCAGCAAUUGCAGCUCUGGCUGCUUCCUAUGGUUCGGGUUCAGGGUCCGAAUCGGACUCGGACAGUGAGGGCGGACGAUGUCCACUGCCAGCCGCUGAAUCCCUCAUGCACUUGACUAAAUCGCCCUCUGCCAAGCCCUCUCUGGCGGUGGCGGUGGACUCCGCUCCGGAGGUGGCAGUUAAGGAAGAUUUGGAGACUGGAGUUCACCUUGACCCUGCUGUCAAGGAAGUUCAGUAUAAUCCUACCUAUGAGACCAUGUUUGCUCCUGAGUUUGGACCAGAAAAUCCCUUUAGGACACAGCAAAUGGCUGCCCCUAGAAAUAUGCUUUCUGGAUAUGCUGAACCAGCUCAUAUAAAUGAUUUUAUGUUUGAACAGCAAAGAAGAACUUUUGCCACAUAUGGUUAUGCAUUGGAUCCUUCAUUAGAUAAUCAAGUGACUACUAAAUAUAUUGGUUCUGUAGAGGAAGCUGAAAAAAAUCAAGGUUUAACUGUGUUUGAAACUGGUCAGAAGAAAAUAGAAAAGAGGAAAAAGUUCAAAGAAAAUGAUGCAUCAAACAUUGAUGGUUUCUUGGGACCGUGGGCGAAAUAUGUGGAUGAAAAAGAUGUAGCCAAACCUUCAGAAGAAGAACAAAAAGAAUUGGAUGAAAUCACAGCAAAGAGGCAGAAAAAAGGCAAACUGGAAGAAGAGAAACCUGGGGAGGAAAAGACAAUCUUACAUGUUAAAGAAAUGUAUGACUAUCAAGGCAGAUCCUAUCUUCACAUACCUCAGGAUGUUGGUGUUAAUCUGCGGUCAGCCGUGCCACCUGAGAAGUGUUAUCUUCCAAAAAAACAAAUUCACGUGUGGUCCGGACACACAAAAGGUGUCAGUGCCGUCAGAUUGUUUCCUCUCUCUGGCCAUUUAUUGCUGUCUUGUUCCAUGGACUGUAAAAUUAAGCUAUGGGAGGUUUAUGGAGACAGGCGCUGUCUGCGAACAUUUAUUGGUCACAGUAAAGCUGUUAGGGACAUCUGCUUUAAUACUGCAGGAACACAGUUCCUCAGUGCAGCUUAUGACAGGUAUCUUAAGCUCUGGGACACUGAGACAGGACAGUGUAUAUCAAGAUUUACAAACCGAAAAGUACCCUAUUGUGUCAAAUUUAAUCCUGAUGAAGAUAAGCAAAAUCUCUUUGUGGCUGGAAUGUCUGAUAAAAAGAUUGUGCAAUGGGACAUUCGAAGUGGAGAGAUUGUGCAGGAGUAUGAUCGGCAUUUGGGAGCUGUCAACACCAUUGUUUUUGUUGAUGAGAACAGGAGAUUUGUCAGUACAUCUGAUGAUAAGAGCCUAAGAGUUUGGGAAUGGGAUAUUCCUGUGGAUUUCAAGUAUAUAGCAGAACCCAGUAUGCACUCAAUGCCUGCCGUGACUUUGUCUCCAAAUGGAAAAUGGCUAGCGUGCCAAUCAAUGGACAACCAGAUCUUAAUUUUUGGAGCACAGAACAGAUUUAGAUUAAAUAAGAAAAAAAUUUUUAAGGGCCAUAUGGUAGCUGGCUAUGCUUGUCAGGUGGACUUUUCACCAGACAUGAGCUAUGUGAUUUCAGGAGAUGGAAAUGGAAAGUUAAACAUCUGGGACUGGAAGACCACAAAACUCUACAGUCGGUUUAAAGCUCACGAUAAAGUGUGUAUAGGUGCAGUGUGGCAUCCCCACGAAACGUCUAAAGUCAUCACCUGUGGUUGGGAUGGUCUCAUUAAACUGUGGGAUUAAUGAGAUUAAUCCUUAAACUAUCUAGGAUUAUUUUUGAUCCAGUAACAUAUUUAACUAUAUUUAAUUAUUAAAUGUGUUGGAUGAUAACUUGAUUUACAGAUUAUCAUUUCCUUACAUGGCCUUAUAAAGUUGACACAUUGUUUAAAAAACGCUUUGUAAAUUUGGCUCAUAUAAUUUCAUUGGCAACUUUAUUUUGUUCUUUAUGGGUAUUAUUUAUACAGAGAAUGGCCAUUAGUUUUCUAUUUGACAAGUAGAUACUAUUGGCAGGCGGUUUGGGCUUACCCCCAAGCCAUAACUGAAAAGAUCCCUUGGAGUCGUGUAAGAAUCCCUAGUGGAUUUGGGGUUCUAAAGGAGAUAGUACAGGUAAUGACAAAUAACUCAGAAAGGUACCAUGUACAUACCUCUUAAGCAAAGAGAGAAGUAAGGAAUAGUGGAGUUCCACUAUUUUUAUGACACAUGUUGUGUGUUUUUAGUUAUAAGCCAGCAAUCUUUUCUCACUGUAGCAUUCCUCUGAUUAUUAAACAAUGUAAAAUACAAAUCAGCCCAGAGUUCUUUCCUUGGCUUUCUUCCUGAUCAGUAUAUAAGAGAAUUAUGUUAUUUUUGAAGAUGAAACUCAAAGGAAUGAGUCAGAACUUUGGACUUCAUUUGUAUUGACUGUCAGGAAGAACUUGGCCAUACUUUCAGAAAUCAGGGUCUCUCG